AUGAGACUAGUUGGGUUUGAUGCGAUCAUGGACAAGGAGGUUCAGGAAACACAGCUUUUGGCCGAGGAAGGAGAUGGAAUGGAGCAGCUUGUAGCUGAGGAGGACUUGAAGCAGAGCAGCUUGUACUAUGGCGUCGAAAAGGAAGAAGGAUCAAGCGGUGUUGGAGAGGCCUUGCUAGAUCAGAUCAAGAAGAUGAUGGCAGAGGAGUUUGAUCGGAGAGAUCAGAUCAAACAGGCAAAAGGAAGGAGACUAGGAAUCCGAUACAUAUCUGAUGGAGACAAGAGGAACGAUCCCAUGGCAUCUCAUGGUCUCGGUGACGAUCAGGCUCAUGUCUACUACGGCAGCGGUCAUUCCUCUCACUCAAGCCGGCGCCGAUCUAGAAGGCCGCGAGAUGAGCCAGACCGUAUGACGAGUACAUGGACUUGGGAAAAGAAGUGCGAGUUCAAUUUCAACUUGCACAACAUCAUUGGAGACAACCGUGUCAAGCUAGCCGUCUCGGAGUUCAACGAUUAUGCGUUGAGAUGGUGGGAACAAAUCAUUUUGGCUCGCGAGAUUGGUGGUGCCUUUGAGGUUACCACUUGGGAAGAAAUGAAGCGCAUCAUGAGGCAGCGAUUUGUCCCUGGCCAUUACCAACGUGAGCUACACUCCAAGCUCAGGAAGCUUACUCAGGGCUCCAAGUCUGUGGAAGAAUAUUAUCAAGAGAUGGAGAGGAGAAGCUCCACUCGAUUCAAUUCAGAGCCGCGCAGACCAACCUUUCACCGCGACACCAAGUCCUUCGCGCCCAAGUCAGAAACAAACCUCUGGCUACUAAUCAAGACAGGAGCCGGACUGAGCGCACUCCACCAGCCAGAACCCGUGAUCUCAAGUGCUUUAGGUGUCAAGGGUUUGGGCAUUAUGCCUCUGAUUGCUUGA